GCCAGAUCCGACGAGGAGCUUGUUUUUCCCCACCCAUCUUUCCUCCCUUCCGUCACAACACCCUGCGCGCUCGACCCUCCGUCGAUUGAUACCUAGACAACGUCCCCUAUCCUUGGCCUAUAUCCCCAAAAGCACUUCUCUAAGUCGAAAUGGCUGCCGCUGUCGACCAACGAACGCACUCACCUUCCCCUAGCCGGAAUACCUUUGGCGAAAAGCUAUCUGCGAUCGGCUCUAAGCUGUCUCGAACGUUCAGCAAUAACGAUACCCUCUACAGCGAGGAGCGUGAUUCUGUGGCUGCGCUGAAUAAGGAGCGCUCUCUAUCCCGUGGCCGUGACGUUCUGCAAUCCACCGGGCGAGGUGGCUUUGGAAACAUUCGUCAAGCCUCCCUCUCGCGCGAUCGCGCACCUGGACCAGACGACUUCUCAGUCACUCGUGGACGCGAGCCUGUCGCUAACCCCACCGGCGGCAUCUAUUCCACUGGCCGUGGUGGUGCCGGAAACCUUCGUUCCCCUUCCCGCGAUGUUUCCAAGGGUCCUGACAGGGUCGAGAAGGAGGUUAUCGACAGCUAUGUCGCUUCCCAACAAGAUGCACCCGUCUCGAUUGGUCGUGGUGGACUAGGCAACAUCAAUCGUUCACGUUCGCGUGAUCCCACCUCUGUUAGGGUAUCCACGGGGAGAGGUGGCGCCGGAAAUAUCCACAACGAUGAGGCAGGAUAUGGCGUGAACGCCACAGACGAGGUUGAGCGAAAGAAACACGACGUUCCCUCGGAGGGAUUCCAUUCGACCGGACGAGGAGGCUUCGCCAACAUCACCGAAAGGGAUGAGCCAGCGGUCGAGCGCCCUAGCAUCUCUGUCGGAGAGUCCAAGUCGACUGGACGCGGCGGUGCAGGAAACAUCACCCGCAACUAGCUCCAUCGUCCCCUUAACUCUUCCCUUUGAUAUGCGUCAUCUGAAUGAGACCUUGUCGCUCUUCAUCCUCUUCUCAAUCCCCAUCACCCCUCGGUUCUUGCUCAGGGA